AUGUCGGCGUUAAUGGAUGAAAUGGAUCGCGAGCUGCAUUCGAUCGAGGAAAGAUGGAUGGAACGCACCCGGAACACGAUGCAGGAGCGCGAUUCACUACUGCAAAAACUGCAACAACUCGAAGAGCAGGUGGAUUCACUGAGAGCCGAUUUGAACAGGGCUGUCGCCUAUCGCCUCGAGGUGGAAGAAUCGCGUAAUCGCAUGAAAACUCAGUUGGAGAGUGUGCAGAGAGACUACGAGGAAACGAUGGCUGAACGGAGUAGCGUGCUGGAGGAGAACACCAGAAUGGGAGAGGAACGCGAUCGACUCAAACAGACUGUUCACGCCCUUUCGCGAACUCUAAAUGAGCUACGAGGAAGAGCGCAAAACGAAGACGAUUUCCAAAACAUCUCCAAUCGGCUCGAACAUACAAGGCUGCUUUUGCACUUGAACAUGGAAGAAACCGCUUCCGCAAAAGAGAAACGUACAGAGGCGUUGGAAAAGCUGGAACGGUUAAGAGUUGAAUGCGCAAGGCUGGCCGAAGAACGUGACGCGGCGGUGCGAGAAGCGCGAGCGGCUGAUGUAGAGAGAAACGAGACUCUGCAUCGCCUGAGAGAAUUGGAGUGUGAAAAAGAGCCGAUCACCGACCUUUGGAACACGCAUACCAUUGAAGUGGCCCUUCCGUAUCCAAAGCCAAAUUUGGGAAUAGUGCUCAGUGGGGGCAGAACAGACGACCGAUGCUCGAUUCCCGCUCCCAUUUAUGUCAAAGACGUCCUUAUCGGCUCACCCUUGGAAAACAUGCUCAAACGCCUUGACCACAUCUUGAUGGUGAACGACAUCGACGUGAUGGACAUGGAUCAACGCAGUGUCAUAGACAUUCUCAAGAACAGUCAUCACCUGAAGAUGCUGAUUCGACGACGUGCUAACGCCUCGAGCAUUCAUGAGGUCACAUUCACCUCCAAUCACGGGCGAUCCUCUGUAAUUUGUGAAGCAACGGGUAGCACCUGGCCGAAGUCGAUCCAACUGCUGGAGGAGCACGCCGCCGCCGCACCUCCCCGUCGACGCCUCCAUCGACCUUCAGUGUUUCCCGUUUUCGCUCCUCAGAACCACCAUGGGAACUCCAGGCUGGUUCGACAGCCAUCUGAGGUAUCGUCGACAAGAUGUGGUUGUUCAUCGCCGUCGUCGGCAUGGUCCCCUCGUUCCACCCGAGACUCGUACACAUCGGAUGGGCGACUUCCCGAAAACAGAAUGAUCAAAUGCACUGUCCACGACCGAUUCUUCACCGAUGAUAGUGUCGACGCUACCAGUCCGGCGCUGCCUCAACCACCACCGUACCCGGGCCCGCGGGAGGAGUCAAUUUCGUCGCUGCUAUCGUCAACGAACUCGAUUCCUCAUCCGAGCACCAGUUCUGUUCAUAUCUCCUACCACAACCAGGCAAAUAAUUCUCCAUCUGGGACUCUGCUCUCCGAAACAUCUGACAAGGUCCGCAGAGUGUGCCUUAGCAAGGAAGGCAAUGAAUUCGGACUCGGUUUGGAGAACGCAAAUGGUGGAGUGGUGAUUUCCAACGUGCCCGGAAGGGCGAACGGUCUUGUUCGGAGAGGAGAUCGACUGCUUGACGUUGGUGGAAUAAAUAUGCGAUCCGCUGAUAAAGAUGCAGCCAGUAAGGUUUUGACACAAUUUUGUGUCAGCCAAGAUGAGGUCACACUGCUGGUGAGUGGCUCGUCUAAUCCCCGAUGGGUUACUGUACCACGAAAGUCUGUGCGAUUGUGUGGAGGAAAUGCGAUGGGUAUACUGUCGGAAGCAGCAGCCGGAGAACUACAGGAGGGAGACCUUAUUCUUGAAAUCGACGGCUAUAAUGUGCGUGGAGCAACGUUGGAGGAGGCGACCGAGGCUCUGCUAGAGAGCCUCUCCGAGAUGGCUGAGCUACAUGUGGAAGACGGCGUGAUCCGACUUAAUCGACUUCGACUAGGAGACUGA